CCAACAACCCUCCCAGACUUAUCCACGCAGUUUCUUUAUAUCUGUUCGCUUUACCUCACAAAGACAUCCUGAUAGAUAAAGAUAGAGUCAAGCACCAGUAGGUAGACAGAAAGUGAGUUCUCUCGCCAUUCGUCACACCAUGGCUUGCUCAGCUUCUUCAACUGUUAUCUCAUCAAACCCUAGUUCUAUCAAAUUCCCUAAACCAAUGGCAUCUUUAACUUCUUCACUUCCAUUCUCACAAACCCUAAAUGUUCCUAAGAGCUUUAAUGGUCUUAGAAACUCAUUCCAGUCUCGUGCUUCUCGUUCAAUCUCCACCAACCAAUCUAAAAGGAGCUUAGUCGUUAAAGCUAGCGCUGGGGAACUUCCUCUAGUUGGGAAUAAGGCACCAGAUUUUGAAGCUGAAGCAGUUUUCGAUCAAGAGUUCAUCAAGGUCAAGCUAUCUGACUACAUUGGAAAGAAAUACGUGAUUCUCUUUUUCUACCCAUUGGAUUUUACAUUCGUUUGCCCUACUGAGAUCACUGCAUUCAGUGACCGACAUGCUGAGUUUGAGAAACUAGACACAGAAAUCUUGGGUGUUUCCGUAGAUAGUGUUUUCUCUCACCUUGCAUGGGUGCAAACGGAUCGUAAGUCAGGUGGACUUGGUGAUCUAAACUAUCCAUUGGUUUCCGAUGUGACGAAAUCCAUUUCAAAAGCUUAUGAUGUGCUUAUUGCUGAUCAGGGUAUUGCAUUGAGGGGUCUUUUCAUUAUUGAUAAGGAAGGAAUUAUUCAACACUCCACUAUUAACAAUCUUGCCAUUGGCCGAAGCGUUGAUGAGACAAUGAGAACUCUUCAGGCUCUGCAAUAUGUUCAAGACAACCCAGAUGAGGUAUGCCCAGCUGGAUGGAAGCCUGGGGAAAAGACAAUGAAGCCAGACACCAAGCUUAGUAAAGAGUAUUUCUCAGCUAUUUAAGUUAUAACUUGAAGAAUAUCUAUCUGGGUCAUUUGGAAGGGCUCUAAGAGAGUUAUGUCCAUGUUGUAUUCUGCUCUAUUCUAGAGAGUUUUAGGACAACUGGUUCCCGGAAAUAAAAUACAUGGCGGGACAUUUCCCCGGUUUUUAUCUUCUUUUUCUAUUUUCUUUUUGAGUGAAUGAACAAAUGAAUUUAAUAGUAAUUUAUUAUGUCAAUUUUUUUUCCCUUUC